GUUUCGUGGCUGAUGAAAUAUCACUAUUUAAAGCGUAAAUUGCUGGAAAAUAAAAUACAAUCAUUGAUAUACUAUAAAUGGCAAGCAGCUAUAAAUGUAUCGAUCUUUAACCUACUCGUUGUAGAUAUAUUUGGAAGUUUCGUUGGCACAAAAGAUGUUGACCUAGAUAUUUUAAGAUAAGAGCAAUUACUUUAUAGAAGGCAAAGAUGGGAAAUUGCUUCAGAAAAACAGACUACCUUGAAUCAUAUUUGAACCGCGUGUAUGAAGAGAAAUGUGCUUUCCUGGCAUCGGAUGAAGAAGUUGAGUUUAUCAAGACGGGAAUAGAAACUCUUGCAAAAAAUAUGGUUGGGUCUAUUCAACAAAAUCUUAUGAAAGAUGAUGUAAAUCUUAGCGAUAAAAAAGGUUUACAAAAAAAACUACAAGAUGACAAAAAUGCAGAUAUUGAUUUGUUAAAGACUGAACAUAUCAGUAUAGAACUCGAUAAUGUAAGAAACAAAAAUGAUUUAAUCAAAGUUGGAAGCUUUUAUGACGGGACAAAGAAUACAUUUCCUGAUGAGUUUGACAUCAUCUUCUUAGUUAGCAGAUUAGAUGGUCACCAUCCCAUUUGUAGUUUGUUUGAGACAUUCGAUGACACUUUGAAAUAUAUUUCUCCUGAUGAGCAUUCUAAGAGGGAACUUUAUUUUGACAAAUAUUUGGGACAACACGGUCCAGCAUUUAUGUCUCAAUUUAUUUACAAAAAUGACCCUACUAGUAAAUUUUCGACAUCUAAAAUACCCAUUCAUGUUGAUCUUGUUCCAGCCAUCAGAUAUGUUACCAGUGGUGAUACAAACAGAGACGAGUUCAAUGAAAUUGUAAAUAAUGUCAACCCUAAAUCAUUCCGCGAAGAAGUAUUGAAGCGAGGCGACUGUCUCAGGAUAAAUACUGUAUUAGGAUAUACAUUCACAGAUACUGAACUACACUUCAUAAAGAACGUUAUAUCACCAAAACAUGUAAAAGUAUUGAAAAUACUGAAAUUUCUCAUAAAUGGAGAUGGGGAUGAUAAAAUACUGGAAUAUGAUUUAAAUUUGAAAAAUGAAAAUGUUGGCUAUUCAUCUUAUCAGAUUAAAUUUAAAUUGUUUUAA